CACACAAGUUUUUCUGUAUUUAUGAUUUCGGUGAUUCAUUGUUUCUCGUGCUGAUUCAGUUUUCCUCCCGAUCCGUUUUUUAUGGGAUUGUAAUGAUUCAUUCCCGGAAUCUUGAGUGAGGAAAAAGCAUUUCAGACAAAACUAGUCUGCAGCUUUAGCUCUGUUUUUGUCCAGAUUUUUGUUGUUGUUGCUAAACAAUAAAAUCUUGAUUUGAAGAUAUUUUUAAAAAAUGGGAGUGAAAGUAGCAACAGCCUCUACCUUCCAUCAAUGGGUGGCUCAUCCCAUAGUUCAUCAUCAUUCAUCUUCCUCCGCCGUUUCAUCUCCUUCAAGACGACGGAUCAUCGGAAACGACGGACGAGCUUCUCUGUCUUGUCGUUCCGUGAUGCAGAGCCAGAGGCUUAAUCCUUCUUCUCCCUUCGGCACUUCUUCCACGAAUCUCCAACACUCCAAGUCAUGUGAGCUCUGGAGAUCAACAAAACAACCUAAUACUCAGUUGAUUCGCAGAGCUUUUAGCGCCAACUGUGAUCCGUUUUCAGAGGAGGAGUUUUCGAAAAAGAUGCAAGAGCUAACUCUCAAAUUCCAAGUCUCUAACCAAGAAGACAAACACGAAUCAGAUACGAGCAUUGACGAUUCCACUCGAAAGAUGGACACCGUAGGAAGCCAUAAUAAUUUCAGGUCAGAUUCAAUGGAACCGCCGUGGUCAGAGAUGGUGCAAAUGUCAAGCAUCGAGAGGAAAGCAAACAGUGUUGAUCUUCCUCUGUCGCUUAGGAUCAUAAAGAGAAAGUUACAGAUGGAGGAAGGAGUUUUGAAGCAAGUCGGAGAAUCAGCUUGUUGCUCUGUGAAGAGAGCUUUCUCUUCAAUGGUGUUUAUGAUUAGAGAACUUCAAAGCUUCACGUUACACAUGAGAGAGCUUCUUCUCUUCGAAGAUUUGCAAGGAAUUCUUCAUCGUGUGAGAAAAGAAAUGCAAGCAUCGUUUGUUUGGUUGUUUCAACAAGUUUUCUCUGCUACACCUACUUUGAUGGUCUCUGUUAUGAUCCUUCUCGCUAAUUUCACGGUUUACUCUAUUGAGAGCAACUCUGCUUUAGCCGCCGCCGUAAGUCCUCCCACAACCACCCUCUCUUUCAGCUUCGAAACGACGUCGGAGCUAAGUGAAACUCAAGAAAUAAACCAGAAGUUCGAUUCUUCAAUGGUUAAGACGUUCUCUGUUUCUUCUCCUUACGGGAAAACAUCAUUUGUCGGCGGUGGCGGUGGGAACAACAUCCCACCGCCGGUACAAAGCGGAACAGAGGGUGAUGGAUCUGAUCAAUUCAGAAAAUCUCAAUUCUCAUCAUCAUCUCUCGGUGCAACAAGUGCGGAUUCAGAUGUAUCUGUCUCGGGUCAAGAAGAGAUUAGACUGUGGAAUUCGAUCUUGGAGGAAACGGAGAAAAUGGAAACUUUGGAUCACGACACGAUGAAGCAGUUGGUUUCUCCGGUAGAGGCGAGAUUAGAAGCAGAGGAGUCCAUGGAUUACUUCAAGACAGAGCUUCUCUACCAAACGGGAUUGUCUCAAGAGCCUGAAAACGUUCUUCUUCUUGCUAAUUACGCACAGUUUCUCUACUUAAUCAUCCAUGACUACGACAGAGCGGAAAAGUAUUUCAAGAGAGCAGCAAAAGCAGAACCAGCGGACGCAGAGGCACUGAACAAAUAUGCAACGUUUCUAUGGAGAGCAAGAAACGAUAUUUGGAGAGCAGAGGAAACCUACUUAGAAGCAAUCUCCGCUGAUCCAACAAACUCUGUCUACUCCGCCAACUACGCACAUUUCCUUUGGAACACCGGUGGUGAUGAAACGUGUUUCCCUCUCGAUGCUCCACCGCAACAGAACAACACCACAUGAAGAGAGUCGCAACAAUUUGUGUAUGUACAGUGUGUUUUUUGCCUAUACAAACUCAAGUCAUGUUGCAAACUUUUUUUGUUUUUGUGAACCAAAAACUAUAGUUUUAUAUGCACAUAUUUCGAGUUUUGACUCUGUUUUUUUUUUAAAAAUCUACUCGGACUUGUUCUUUCGUGAUCAAACCCAUGUGUCAAUUGGUUUCAUUAAAAGAACUAAACCUUA